AAGAAACCAAAAGAGCAGCGACGAGUAUUAUGAAAUCCUCAAGAAUGAUGGGGCGAGUUCAUUGCAUGGUUUAUGUCGUGGUCUUGAGUGCCAUCGCGGCUACAGUCACAUCAUAUCCUUACUCCUCCCCUCAAACCCCGCAAUACAAUUCACCGGUCAACAAACCACCUCACUCACCUAAAAAGUAUUCCCCAUACUAUUCGGCAUCACCACCAUCUCCACAACAAUACAAAAGACAAGGCCCUAACUAUACGCCACAUCCAAAACCAUAUGUUUACACCUCUCCACCACCACCACCUUAUUAUUCUCCUUCUCCUAAAUUAGACUAUAAAUCUCCACCACUGCCAUACGUCUACAGCUCCCCACCACCACCAUAUUACUCUCCUUCUCCUAAGAUAGAUUACAAAUCUCCACCACCGCCAUACGUCUACAGCUCCCCACCACCACCUUAUUACUCUUAUUCUCCUCAGGUAGAUUACAAAUCUCCACCACCGCCAUACGUCUACAGCUCCCCACCACCACCUUAUUACUCUCCUUCUCCUAAGGUAGAGUACAAGUUUCCACCACCACCAUACGUCUACAGCUCCCCGCCACCACCAUAUUAUUCUCCUUCUCCAAAGGUGAACUUCAAGUCUCCACCACCGCCACACGUGUACAGCUCCCCCCCACCACCAUAUUACUCUCUUUCUCCUAAGGUAGACUACAAGUCUCCACCACCGCCAUACGUCUACAGCUCCCCACCACCACCAUAUUACUCUCCUUCUCCUAAGGUAGACUACAAGUCUCCACCACCCCCAUACGUCUACAGCUCCCCACCACCACCAUAUUACUCUCCUUCUCCUAAGGUAGACUACAAGUCUCCACCACCGCCAUACGUCUACAGCUCCCCACCACCACCAUAUUACUCUCCUUCUCCUAAGAUAGAUUACAAGUCUCCACCACCGCCAUACGUCUACAGCUCCCGGCCACCACCUUAUUACUCUCCUUCUUUUAAGGUAGACUACAAGUCUCCUAAGAUAGACUACAAUUCUCCACCACCUCCACCGUACUAUUCUCCUUCUCCGAAAGCCAGCUACAAGUCACCACCACCACCAUAUGUCUCCAAGACACCCUAUUAUUGAUUUUUAAUUGUUUCAUAACCAACAAAUAUGGUUGCAAUAAUUUCUUCCCAUAAUUUUGUCCCUUGAUUUUUUUCUCAUAAUUUCUUUCCAUUUUUUUUGUUAUGCCUUUGUCUAACUAAUAAAAUUUGGCUAUUUUUAAAUGUAAUUGUUUUAAAGAUUUGUUUGAAUUGGCUAUAAAAUUUGUAAUAUGUUCAUUCCGCACAUUGAUGGCGCUAUUCUCUUACCAACGAUAUAUCACAUCAGGAACACCCU